CCCAACUCUCCGUCGUGCGACUCGCGCCCACCUCCGUCCGCGGCACCUCGCAGCUGGCGACACACAUCUCCCUAUAUCCCCGUUCUCUUCGUUGUUCACGACCAGCUCAGCACCUUGACCGCUCCAGCACCAGUACACCGGACACACUUGUCGACAUCAUGUCAUCUGCAGCCGUUGUCUACGCACGUCGUCGCACGCGCUCCUCCGAGUGUUCAAGCACAUUCUCUUUCUAUCCCCUACUUCCGGUGUCGACUUCACCUCAGUCUCUGGCUGAGUCUCCGUCUCUGGCUGAGUCUCCGUCUCCCUGCUGGGCAUUCUCGCCCUCUCACGCUCACCAACAUUGUCAGUGUGGCCUUCGCUUCGGAUACUCCCUCCAUCGCAGCCACCGUGUCCAACGACCUGUCCCAGUUCUCUGCGCCAGUCGUGUCCGCCCUCAUGGACGUUGGCAGAGUCUUGCUCGUCAUCUUCUCGUGAGUCCCACAUCUGCCUGUCAUCCCUCUGUUCACUUACAGACCAUGACAAAUAGCUGCUCGAUCGUUGCGUGGCACCUCGUUAAUGAUGAGCACGUCAUCAAGCUUUCUGACCCACGCCUUGCACAGGUUUGUGAGGGUGCGGGCAUGGGUGAAGGCGCGGACGAGCGAGGGCACGAAUUGAUGUGUGGAUGAGUGGGCACGUUGAUCACGAGCACGACGUGCAACAGCCCGACAGGCGAACACGGCCGACGAGUGCACCGAGUGCGGACAGACAAGGGCAAACGGGAGCGAGAGCGGCCGGGGACGAGUAUGGGAACGGACGCAGACUAAUGGAUCGCCGCGCGAACGAAUGAAGGCAAGCGUGGACGAGUGGGAGCAGGCACGGAUGAGUAGGAGCGAGUGCGGGUGCGGAGGGGCAGAUGAGCGGAGCGGGCACGGACACGGACAAGCGAGUGCGGGUGCUGCGCGACGAACAACGCCCAGCGGGAAGGGAUGUAGGCAGGUAAGUGUAUCUGCGGUACCACAACGCGAGGAGUUGUAGCACGCCGCUGUCAGUAGUACGAGGCAGACGGAUUCCUAUUCUAUACGUGCUCGCUAGUAGUUGUAGUCUACAAGAACAUCGUCGUACCGUUAUAUUCAAUCCAUCCAAAGUUCCCGAA